CCAAGUUCAGCCUACAGUCAAUGCAAGAUAGUUUUCCUGUUUUCCUCCCUUUUCCGUGGUCUCCUGGUCUUUACUCCUCCCACCAUGAGUUUCUUCAUCUAGAGAUUUCAAUCCCUUAUCGAACAUGGCGAACGCAGACAAUAGACUGGAUUACUGGCUUCGAUGGCAAGUGCCGGCGUGCGCGCUGAUCAUCGUCGUUCCGGUGGUGGUGGCUCUUUAUCUGAUUUACAAAGUACAGAGAUCUCCUUUGAGCCCAAAGGAUCUGUGGGUUCCUUGCUGGAGAAAGCUCAACCCGCUAUGGCUUCUCAGCUAUAGAGCUAUUGUGUUUGUUUUCAUGUCCUUUAUACUGUAUCAGAUGGUUGCCUUACACGGUGCUUUUUCCUUCUAUUUUUACACACAGUGGACGUUUACACUGGUCAUUGUAUAUUUUGCGCUUGGCACUAUUGUAUCUGCUCAUGGAUGCUGGAUGUAUUUAAAUUAUUCUUUAACUGAAAAUGAGGAAAGGGAUGAGUUUUUGAAGAGGGAUUUGGCAGAUGGUAAAUCUAGAACCACUAGGGCUUUCAGAACCAACACAAUUAGAGAAACAAUCAAGUUGCAGAGCAAUCAUGAGCAAGAGGAGACUGAGCAGAGAGCUGGAUUUUGGGUAUAUCUGAUGCAUAUUGUAUAUCAGACUUGUGCAGGUGCUGUUGUUCUCACCGACAUUGUGUUUUGGCUAAUCCUAGUACCAUUCUUGUCAAAUGAACAUUUUCGCCUUAACCUGUUAAUGGGGUGUAUGCAUUCUCUCAAUCUUGUGUUUCUUCUUCUUGACACAGUUCUGAACAGCCUUCCGUUCUAUUGGUUCCACCUUGCAUAUUUUGUGCUAUGGAGUUGUGCCUAUGUGAUUUUCCAAUGGAUUCUUCAUGCAUGUGGUUUUACAUGGUGGCCUUAUCCUUUCCUUGAACUUUCGACUCCAUGGGCACCUAUAUGGUAUUUGAGCUUGGCUGCGGUUCAUAUCCCUUGUUAUGGUUUAUAUGCGCUGAUCGUAAAAGCAAAAAAUUCAAUGUUCUCAAGAUUUUUCCCCAAUUCAUACACAAGGUUGUAUUAGCCCCUAACAUACUAUUGCUCUUUGAAAUUACAAGUGUUACCGAGUAAUUGUAUUUGAAAUUUUAAGUAUUUUCUAGUAACGGUUACUCUUGUUGGAUGUGAACCAUCAAAGCAAUGGCGUGGUUAUACGGCUA